AGUUUCUCUUCAUCGUCAAAUCUUACCAAACACCAGAGAACACACACAGGAGAGAGUCAUGGUUUUACACCAGCACUGGUUAUCAUAGUGAAAGAGGAGGAAGAGGAUCCUGCUUUUGCAGAGAGACAGGACCACUGCUCUGACAGUGAAGGGAGUCCCUCUACAUCAGGACUACCUGAACAACACCAGGGGAAUCACACAGCUAAGAAAAUUCACUGCUGUUCAGUGUGCGGACAAGACUGCAAAAAGUUAUCAAAACUGCUAAUACAUAUGAGAAUACACACAGGAGAAAAGCCAUACCCUUGCUCUGUGUGUGGAAAGCAGUUCCGUGUAAAAAGACAUCUUCAAGACCACCAGAUAGUGCACACUGGAGAGAAACCUUACGUCUGCUCCAAAUGUGACAAGAGGUUUGGUUUUGCCUCAGCCUUGAAAAGGCACCAGUGGUUACACGCAGAAGAGAAACCUUACUCCUGCUCUGUGUGUGGGAAGGGUUUUAGCUUACAAUCACGCAUGAAGGAACACUUCCUGAUGCACUCAGGAGAGAAACCCCACUCCUGCUCUGUCUGUGGAAAGAGUUUCAGCCGUCCAGAUCAGCUAAAGGACCACUCUCUGCAACACACAGGGAAACCCCACCACUGUUCUGUGUGUGAGCAAAGCUUUGCCUUGUCUAAACAACUCCUGAAGCACGAGAAGACUCACACAGGAAAGAGACCUUAUAGUUGCUCUGUGUGUGGGAAGAGUUUCAGUGAGAAGGCGUAUCUUGAAGACCACCGGUCAGUGCACACUGGAGAGAAACGACACCCUUGCCCUGAUUGUGACAAGAGGUUUGGAUGUGCUUCGUCCUUGCGUAAACACAGACUGUUGCACAUAGAAGGGAAAUCCCACUCCUGCUCUGUGUGUGGGAAGAAUUUUUCUGAAGCACGUUACUUGAAGGAGCAUUUCCGGACACACACUGGAGAGAAACCUUUCUCCUGCACUGUCUGCGAUAAGAGUUUUGCAAGAUCAGCAGGCCUUAAAGUCCACCUCAGAUAUCAUACAGGAGAGAAACCUUACAACUGUCCUAAAUGUGGCCAGAGCUUCAUUAGUUCUCAAAAACUUCAGAGACAUCAGAAAACUCAUGCUGGUUUACCACCUGUUGAGUUUCAAAACCCUGUUACAACUGAAGGAGAGAGGGAAGGAGAAGGUGAGGAAGUUGGUGGUCUGAUUCAUUCAGCUGGAGAAGAGGUUGGUUGGGAUCUUCAUCGUCUCGACGAGAGUUCGGAGGGGAGAACCUCUACAUCAGGAGAACCUAAAGAAACCUAGGGGAAUCUCAAAGCUCAGAGAGACAGUUGCUCUGUGUGUGGGACAGACUGGCAACGGUUAUUUGAUCUGAAAAAGACACAUGACAUGUUAAACCGUACAGAUAUUUUGUUUGUGGGAAGAGUUUUAGACGAGCAGUCCUGAUGAAGCAUCACUUCUGGACACACAAAGGAGACACAUGGGGAGAAACCUUACCCCUGUUCUGUCUGUGGGAAGGCUUUAACAAGAUCAUCAGACCUUAACAUACACAGUAGAGUUCAUACAGGAGAGAAACCUUACAGCUGUGACGAAUGUGGCCAGAGACUCAACACUCCUCAGAGUCUUGGGAGACACAAGAAGAGAUGCCACAUCUCACUUCCUGAGGAGGACCAGGCUGGCGGGGUCAAGACUGAAGAGCCAAUAGUAUCAGAGAUGAAGAGGAGGAGACAACCUCUUAUAUCAACAGUAGCAUGGUGGAAACAAGAACCUGAACAUCUUGACGUAAAAUAUAUACAGUGCCUUCGGGAAGUAUUCAGACCCCUUGACUUUUU